AUGACUAACUGUUUAUAUCACAGAUCUCAUCGCACUCGAAACGCCCACCUGGAAAACACACUCACCCAGGCAGAGAUCAGCGAGAUCGAACAGCUCGGAGUCAAGUUCAUCGACCCACCCCAAUCCCCACAGCACACCAACAGCACCCUCAGCCGAUCCAGCUCACAGAACAUCCACCGAGUAGCAUCUUCCCGGAGGACGUCCAUCAACAGACGCAAGUCGCUCAAAACCACCCCCACCUCCCACAACAUCAAGCCACAGCCGAUCUCAUCCGAUCAGCUCCUCCAGCUCAUCUCAAACCAAGCACAGCCACCCCUCCUCGUCAUCGAUCUUAGAUGCCUCAACACCUACCUCGGACCCAACGGACGGCUCAAGGGAUCCAUCAACCUCAACUUCCCAUCACUGCUCAUCAAACGAUUCCGAAAAGGCGUGCCCAACCACUUCCAACUCAACCCAUUCAUCACCACCGAGGCCGGCAAACGCUACUACUCAAAACUCGAAAACACCCUCCAGUCCUCAUCGUCAUCCUCAGUACUCGCCCAGCUCGACAUAUGUGUGAUCGACGACCAGCUGGUGGACGAACUACCCAAGCAGACCUCAAACUCACUCGGAAGCGUAUUCCUCGACCUUCUCGCCAAGCUCUUUGCCCAGCACCAACGCUCCUCGGGGCUCUACUUCCUCAACGAAAAGUUCGAAAACCUCAGCCACAACCCGGCCGCCCAACACUCUCUGCUCCUUGGCCCGCUUCCGUCGAGGACGAAACCGCCCAAGCUGCGGCGGAUUGACACCUCCGAAUCGCUCCUCAGCGCCCCCCGCUCCACCGCCAGUCUCGCCCUCAGCUCCAAGCACUCCCUCGGCCAACUCAAGAUCGACCAUCUCUCCAUCGCCUGCUCGCCUACCUCCCAUCACAGCCCCUCGCCCCUCUCCAAGCUCAGCUCCUCCCAUCCUCCUGAGGAAAGUCCAUCCGCCGAACCGACUACUUGCAGACCGCACGUCAAGUUCUCCGACGACCACCAUGAUCCUACCCAUGAUCAGCCACAACCACCAAACAGACCCGGCCACUCUUCUUACGACCACUCGCCUGGCUCGCCGAGUACCAACCCAGAGAUCCACUUCAAAGUCUCAACGAUCAUCCCCUCCUUCCUCUACCUUGGCCCCGAACCAUCCAAGGAGACCGACUUCGCAGAGCUCGACCGGCUCGGCAUCCAGCGCAUCCUCAACACUGCACUCGAAUGCGUCGACGAGGAGGAGCUCAUCCGGACCCGCUACCCGUUCAUUCGUAAAUACUUCCAGAUCCCGCUGCGAGACUUUGUCGAAGAAACCGGGGUCCAAAAGGGCAUCGACCAGGCUAAUCGCGUCCUCAACGACGCCUUCCUGCAUUCGGCCCCGACUUAUGUGCGUUGUAAGGCCGGCAAAUCGCGCUCGGUGACUAUUGUCCUUGCAUAUCUGAUCCAUCGCUACCGGUGGAGCCUGAAGAAAGUGUAUGCGCAUGUGUCUGAACGGCGGGCGGGGAUCUGUCCGAAUAUCGGGUUUUUGGCCGAGUUGAUGAGCUUUGAGCAGCGCGAGCUGAUGCCCAAGACACACUCCGUCCUCGGACCCCACCGAGCCAACAGUAUCCGACCAGGCGAAAGCGGGCUUCUAGGCCACCUAAAGAGCGCGCGCUUGCCCCUCCCAACAUCCCUGCUCCGCGCCCGUUCCCCGCCCACCAAAUUGUACUCGCUCAACCUCGACUGCUCCCAUUGCUUCAGAGUCCGCUCGCUUGCCGUCGCCGCCAAGACCGACUUCUUCGCCCCCCCUCCACCCCCUUCUCAGCCCCCCCCGAGACAACCUUGCCAAUCUCGAUAA